GAGUUUCGCGUGCAACAAGACUGUUCGAACCCUAUUUUUGACAUGUUAGAUUUUUUCAAAUUUCUUAAAAUUUUAUAAAAUAUCUUAAAUAAAUACAAUGUAAAAAAAAUUAAACUAAAAAAUUCUCUCAAAUGCCAAAAGAAAUAGGAAGUACAUUAAUAAAUUCCUUUCAAGAGGUUGCAUUGUAAAAACACCCUAUAUUUUAUGAAAAAUUAUUCAUGUCUUUGUCUUAGUUUGUAUGCAAGUUAUAGUUUUGUUUGCUUUAGCUUAGGCUAUAUAAAUAUAUAUAUGAAGUGGGUUAUAUAUACCAUCAUCUCAUAAUUAAAUAUGUAAUUAUGUAUUAGUUCCACCUUGUUAAAACUUUCUUAAUUAAUUAAACAAUUGCCGGCCACAUAUAUUACCAUCACCUUCUUCUUGUCCUUAAUAAAUCAUCACAUUAUUCUCCAUUUUCUUUUCAUUUAUCUAAUUAUCUUUAAACUUGAAAUAAUGUAAUUUAAUUAUCCUUCUUCAACAAUAUCCUCAUAGGUCAUCUCUUCUAUAUCUAGCUAGUUUCCUUAAUAAUAAUAAUUAUAUAAGUAGUACUAAUAGCAUUAAUGUAAACUUAUUACAAAGCUAUGAUGAAUUCCCUAGUGUACUUCCUUAUAAUUAUUGUUUUAUUAAUUGUGCCAUCUUUAGAAGAAGACCAAUUCCAAUACCAAAUCACUUCAUGUCUCACACAACAUAACAUCAACAACUUUACCACAUUACAUAGCAACGAAUCCAAAUACUAUUACAAGUUGCUCAAUUUCUCUAUGCAAAAUCUUCGUUUUGCUGAUCCCAAUUUUCCUAAGCCUAUUGCUAUAAUAUUGCCUCAAAAUGUAGACCAAAUAAAAAGUGUUGUCUUAUGUGCUAGGAAUGCCUCUUGCAAAAUCAUAAUUAGGUCGGGGGGACACAGCUAUGAGGGUACUUCCUCAACUAUAGACACUGCCAGCACUGCAAACACUCCUACCCCGUUUGUGAUCAUGGAUCUAAUGAAUCUUAACCGAGUGACGGUUGACUUAGAGGACAAGUCAGCCUGGGUGGAAGGAGGUGCAACAUUGGGUGAGACUUACUAUGCUAUUGCUAAUGCCACUAAUUAUUAUGGUUUCUCAGCUGGAUCAUGUCCAACUGUUGGAAUAGGUGGACAUAUUUCGGGCGGUGGCUUUGGGUUACUUUCCCGAAAAUAUGGAGUUGCGGCUGAUAAUGUGUUGGAUGCUCUGCUUGUUGACGCUAAUGGAAAGUUGUUAGAUAGAGAAAGCAUGGGAGAAGAUGUGUUUUGGGCCAUUAGAGGUGGAGGUGGUGGUGUUUGGGGGGUUGUUUAUGCUUGGAAAAUCAAUUUAUUGAAAGUUCCACCCAUUGUCACAACCUUUAUUGUGUCUAGACAAGGCACAAAAACCCAAAUAGCAAACCUAAUAGCAAAGUGGCAACUUGUUGCUCCCAACUUAGGAGAUGAUUUUUACUUGUCAUGUUUUGUUGGUGCAGGGUUACCCGAAACCACAACUCAUGUUGGAAUUUCAGUUACAUUUAAAGGCUUUUAUCUCGGUCCUAAGAAUCAAACACAAUUCUUCAUUCAUCAGGUGUUCCCAGAACUAGGUAUUGUAGAACAAGACUGCUUUGAAAUGAGUUGGAUUCAAUCCAUCGUGUUCUUCUCCGAUUUGUCUCCAGGAAGCUCGGUACACAACUUGCAAGAUCGUUACUUGCAAAAUAAGGCAUAUUUUAAAGCUAAAUCGGACUAUGUUCAUACCCCAAUUUCUCAUGAUGGCAUAUGGGUAGCCCUUAACCAUCUUGAGAAGGAGCCCAAAGGGUAUGUGAUUUUAGAUCCUUAUGGUGGAAACAUGGAUCGUAUAAGCACUGAAUCUAUUGCUUUCCCACAUAGAAAAGGUAACUUGUAUACAAUUCAAUACAUGGUAGAAUGGAGCCAACAAGAGAAUAAUGAGAAAAGAGAAGAUUACAUAAAAUGGUUAAGAGCAUUUUAUAGUGCAAUGGCUCCAUAUGUUUCAUGGGGUCCUAGAGCAGCUUAUGUAAACUAUAUAGAUUUUGAUCUUGGUGUGAUGGUUACAAAGGAUCAUGAUGAUGAUGAUGAUGAUCAGUUGUUUGACCCUGUGGAGAUUGCUAGGGCUUGGGGAGAAAAAUAUUUUCUAAAUAACUUUGAUAGGUUGGUUCGAGCCAAAACUUUGAUAGAUCCUCACAAUGUUUUCUCUAAUCAACAAAGUAUUCCUCCAAAUAAUUCUAAUUUGGUUAGUCUUAGACGGAGUGAGUAGAA